AUGUUUAGUGUUGCUGUAUUGAAUCCUGAGUUUCUGGAGCUGCCAGUUCAAGCCAUCGAAUGUAGCAUCACAAACUUAUCGUCUUCAGAGAAGAAGAAGAACAAGUUCGUUCACAAAUUUCUGGAAAAGGUCAAUGGUAAAGAACUUGUGUGUCGCAUGGACGAGCGUGACAGAAAUGGCAAAUACUUGGUGUUAAUUAUUGACGCAGUCGAGGGCGGCACUGUCAAUAUUAACGAGGAAAUGGCCGAAUUUAUCGCUAGUGGGAAAGGUAGGGUUACUCUUUUAUUAUGGCUAUUAAAGGCACAGUUCAGCCUUUUGAACGAUGGUUUUUAAGGUGCAUUUCAGCCCUUUUAAUUGAAAAAACUAACUAGGAAAAUCAAUUUAGCAUAAUUCAAGAUCACCAAACUUAAUGUUUUUAACAUUUUAAAACAUAUUUAUUGUUAAAAACAUCGAGUUUACUGAUUUUGAAUUAUGCUUAAUUGAUUUUCCUGGUUAGUUUUUUCAAUUAAAAGGGCUGAAAUGCGCCUUAAAAACUAUCGUUCAAAAGGCUGAACUGUGCCUUUAAGAGGCUAUUUUUUCAAUGUGGCUUAUUUGCGAUAAAAAAUGUUCAAAGCCGAACAUCUUUUGGCGUACCUCUUGAAACUUCUUUGUUUUACAACUACCUGAAAAAUACAAGGAGAAUUUCGACGUUUCGAGCGAAGUGUUAGAAAGAAGAUACUGCUCAAAAUUUUAAUCUCCAAUCCAGUGGAAAACCGACAGCAUGCACCUUGAGCAGUGUAAUCUCUAGUCCUUUUGUAUAGUUAAUGCCGAAAGGCUGAAGUAAUAUUAUACUCCCGAUUCGAGUCAUCUCAGCCUAUCGUUAUUUCAAACUUUAGAGACCUUACGAUUUUAGGACGGCAACGCGACGGCGACGGCCAAAACAAACUCCUUCAAAUAAAUGGUAGUAAAGAUAGUUCGUCGUAUAUUAUUAAUCUAUGAAUUUAAUACAGUUUUAGAUAGUGCUGUGCGCCGGAGUUGCCGGAGCCCCGGCGGUUUUUCCAAUGCCGGAGCCGGAGCAGAAUUUUGUAUGCCGGAGCCCGGAGCCGGAGUUACGUUUUCCCAGCUCCGGCAAAAUGACAAGAAAACAAUAUGAAAUGAGACAAAUGUCAAACGAUUGUUAGUUACUGCAAACUGCCAAUUGCUGUUAAUGAAUUCAUCAUAGACUCAAACUGCCACAGGAACAGCGUCGAAAAGCUGUAAUACGAUCGCAACUUACAAACGUCAUGCUUUCAUGAAGCUAUCUGACUUAGCGCUACAUACUGUAGUCUGUGUAUUCAUGCCUUGUAGAUAACGAAAAAGUACAAAACAAAUAAAUAUCAACCUUUUGAAAAUGACAGAGUACUUUGUUUGCGUGCGAACAAUUGCGCUGUGGAGGCUGAGAGUGUUAAGCUACGUUUACACGCUGCGAUUUGUCGGGCCGAUUUUGGUAAAUAAUCGAUGCCCCUUCUUCGACAUUUAGCGAUUUAAUUAAACGUUCAAUUGAGGCUGUCCGCUCUCUCGUCUGUUUAUAUUAUAGUUAUCUGCGUGCGAAAAGUUUUCAACAACUUUACAACCGAAGAAAAAUCGUUGAAUCGUGAGAAAAAUCUGUGAAUUGUUACAGAUUUUUCUCCCGAUUUUGUGAAUCGCAAGGUGCUGACGCGAGUACUCACGACAGUUUAUUUACAUACAGCGAGCAAAAUCGGCCCGACAAAUCGCAGCGUGUAAACGUACCUUUAGCGUCAUGCCUCGCGUCAUGCCUCGUGUCAAAGAUUUUUCGAGGCUGGUUUCCAUAUAGAUAUUUUCUGCGUGGUUAAGUGUUUUCACUGUUUUGUUUCCUGAGUUAUGUUAUCUGAUAAUUAGGAAGCGCGAAAAGGGUUAUUCGUAAUAAUAUUAAUAAAUGUUCUCUGAUCGUAAAACAUUUAUUUAAUAUUUUAUGAUGUGGCCGGAGCCGGAGCUCAGAGCUGUAAUUCGGCCGGAGCCGGAGAUGAAAAACCGGAGUUUGCACAGCACUAGUUUUAGAAGUUGAAGACAUGGGUUUUAUGGUUGGGACGAGUUCUGCUAAACCCAGUUUGACGUUGCACUUGUUGUGGCUUGGCAUGCAGCCGUUGUAUCAAGACGUGAAAAUCUGGGGCCAGUUGUAUAAAAAAGUGAUUACGAGUUUUGUACAACCGGCCCCUGUGAUUUAGCGUUGUGAACAGAGCGAGGAGAAUGUCUAAAUUAUUCAUAUAUUGUAAUUACUCAAUUCUUUUCAAUGAUCUAUUGUAUUGGUAGCCGUUGCCGUCGCGUUGCCGUCUUAAAAUCGUAUGGUCUCUUUUAUUAGAGCAACGACGCCCAACUAUUUUAAAUUCGCCAUCAAUGUUACUUUGUUUUGGAUAUGUUGAGCUUCUGGCCUGCAAUGUUUAUUUUUUGACAGAUCAUCUAUCGUUACUUUUCUUGCAUUGUUCAAUUUGUAGAACCUGCCGUGAAGAAUGCCCCUAAAGUUGCUGCACUGGACAUUACGAUUGGCAAAGAAGAGUCUGUCUACGUCACAUGUGUCAACACUCCCGAGAACUUCUACUGUCAACUUGCAACAACGUCCGCCUUGCUAGAUCACCUUAUGGACAACAUGGAGGCAUUCUACCGCCCCUUGGCUGUCGACGAAGAGACGUUUACUAACCCUGAAGUCGGCGACGUAUGCUGCGCCAUGUUUACUGAGGACGAGGGUUUCUAUAGAGCUGUUGUUACGGCGGUUUCCUCGAGUAGCAUUGGUGUUCGUUACCUCGACUACGGCAACUGUGAAGAGCUGCCGCUGAUUCGGAUUAAAAAUCUUAACGCGUCAUUCACCGAGUUGCCUGCACAAUCUUUCAAUGCGAAGUCGUUCUCUUCCAGUUGCGGAACAACUGGAGAGUUUGAAGAAACAGUGGCUGACAAGGAAUUGAAAGCGAAGAUUGUUAGAAAAGAUGAAAAUGGUGUGUAUGUUGUUCAAUUGUCUGAUUCCAAUGGAACUCCUCUGUUCUCGUCUGGAGCCGCGACACAACCACAAGAACAAGGUAUGUAAUUAGUUUACAUCUUUUUCAACAGGCCAAAAUUUGAUAUAUUUCGAUAACAAAAUCCAUCACCACAGCUAAAAAGAGCAUGUUAAAAAUUAAAAUUAAUAAAAUUGCAAAGUUUGGCCGCAAAAUGUUGUAAAAUGUGGAAAAUAUAGCCCUACGAAAUUUGCAAAUUUUGUAUCAAUUUGUAUUACGCACGGGAAAAUGCACCACAUUCAAACUUUGCAAUUUCACUAAUUUUAACAUGCUCUUUCUAGCUGUGGUGAUGGAUUUUGAUCAAAACGACAAACACUAUUGAAAUCCUCACAAAAUAAUGUUUUCAAAGGGGGGUUUGAAUGCCGUCAAAACACCACACAAACCAAAACAAUCGUUCAUCUACUAACCCUUCGCCAAAUAUUCUGUAUUUCAUUUGGAGAAAAAACUUGAAUAUCUUCUAAAAUCUUUAGAAUUUUCCCCAAGUCAAUCGCCUAUUCGCACUGCUUGUUCCCAGUUGUUGUAACAAGUUUGGAACAAGCUGUUAACAAAUUGGAUGGCAUUAUCAGACUUGUUACAAGGUUGUUCUAACAAAUCUGAUACAGUCAUGAUAUAACAAGAAUGCUACAAGGUUGACGACACAAGGUUGUAACAAUAUUGUUAUAUCAUGACCGUGUCAGACUUGUUGGAACAACCUUGCGACAAGUCUGAUAAUAUCAUCAAGGUUGUUACAACUGUUAGCAAGUUGUUCCAUACUUGUUGAAAACGUUGUUGACGGCUUGUUGGCAGACUGGCUACACAUGUAAAAAUGUCACAUCUUGUAGCAACUCUUGCUAACAAGCCAUCAACAAGUUGUGUUCGCACUGCUUGUCCCAAGUUGUCGAAGAGUUUGAACAAGCUGUUAACAAUUCGUAACAACCUCGUUGAUACUAUCAGACUUUGUUGCAAGGUUGUUCCAACAAGUCCGAUGCAGUCAUGAUAUAACAAUAUUGUUACAACCUUGUUUCGCCAACCUUGUAACAUUCUUGUUAUAUCAUGACUGUAUCAGACUUGGUAGAACAACAUUGUAACAAGUCUGAUAAUGCCAUCAAGCUUGUUACAAGUUGUUAACAGCUUGUUUCAAACUUGUUACAACGACUGGGAACAAGCAGUGCGAACACAACUUGUCGACAGCUUGCGAACAGACUUUUAGCAACUUAUUUGAAGACCUGUAACAACUUGUGCGUUUUUAUGUGUGUACAAGAUGUGAGAUAUGUACGUGUGCAAGACUCCAUGGGUUUCCGUUAUUUUCUAUAGGAACAUCUAAAAGCGUUCCAUGUAAAGUGAGCGAGGCAAAAGUUCCGGUUGGCAAGAAAUUGCCGGUGUUUAUAACAUCUGUAACAAGUCCUGAUGAUUUCUUCUGUCAACUUACGGAGACGUCUGCUCAACUUGAUGACUUGAUGAACGAGAUGGAAGAGUAUUAUCGUCCACUUGGCAAGCAAGAGAAAGCCUACACUAACCCACAGGUAAAUAGAGAGCCGGGAUUUCAUAGGCUGGCCAUGCUCUUUUAGCUGAGGGGUAGUUUUCACUGCUGAUUUAAGAACUACGACUCGAUAAAACAUACUCUUGGAUUUAAUAAGCCACAUUUGACGCCGUAAUAUUGAUAAUGAGAAAGGGUUUCGGAAUCUUCAAACACUGUCGAAAUCGAAUCGUCGUGUGUUUAAAUUAGUUUUACCCAUGAAGGAAAUGUCUUGUGUACCUUGAAAGAAUCAUGCGUCAGAGGUGAAAAAUAUCAAACACGAUAGAUAGUUUCCUCAAGGCAUCGAGACGUUAAGUCCUCACGAAAACUAUCUGCACACGAGGGAAACACGCUGAACUAGACGCCACGCGAGACGUUAGCUCAGUGAGUUUCUCUCAUGUGCGGCAAGCUUUAUAUAUUAGAAAAAGUCGAAAUUCUCCUUAUAUUUUUCAGGUAGUUUUAUCCCCGCCAACGAAAGCUUGUUAUCAUUGCCAUUACCUACAAUGAUAUAGGCAGUUCAAUAUUAGCCAUAUAGUAUAUACUGCCCUUUAUGAAAAUCUCAUUAUAAUCGAUUUCUAUUCCUGCUAGAUUGGCGAGUCAUGUUGUGCUAUGUUUACGGUAGAUGAUGGGUUCUAUCGUGCGACGGUGAACAAGCAUUCAGGAACAGCUUUAGAUGUAUGCUACAUGGACUACGGCAACUCUGAAACCAUUCCGCAAUCCAGAAUAAAGAUCUUGCAUCAGAAAUUCGCAACUUUACCUGUCCAAGGUUUUCAUGCUUGUGUAAAAAUCCCAACUGGUGUCGAUGCUUCUUCGUUUAAAGACAGCGUGUUGGAGAAGGAAUUUGAUGCGAAAAUAAUAGGGGGAAAUGGAAGCAAUGUAUAUGAAGUCGAGCUCUUUACCGCUCAUGGUGCAAAGAUGUUUGGAAGUAAGGUUGAUAAGAAAGAGGGUAAGUAAAAAAAUUAAAAUGGUACGUUACUUGUUGUGCUUGUGCUACAAGGUGUUGGAAUACUAGAUCACAGUAUGCUUCGCUAGGCUUGACGAUCUACGGCUGAUUGAAUACAUUUUGAAUCCAGGGAUGAAAAAAUAUUUUGCUUUCUGGGACCGCAAGAGAACAUUGAGAAUUUUUUUGCGAAUAAUCAAAUAAGUCAACACCCGGGCACUGUAACUGUGUGACACUAACAAGUUGUCAAACUGGUCGUCAUGCUAUAUUUUAACAGGAAAAAAUUAUUUCAAUACACUGAGAAUCUUAAUAACACUUAUAACAUAAAACUAUUUUAUAUAAGAUCUGAUACUAAGGUAUAAAUACAGAUACCGAAAAGGGCACUGUCAGGGGACUCCAUGCUCCCUUGAUACCUUGAAAAUUAGGUAUCCCAGAAAUUACGGGAACCACUGAGUAUUCUGAUAAAAUACAAAACAAUAGAUACUCCGAAAAUUGAAAGCAUUUUGAAAAAUUUAUUUCUUUAAUAAAAUUUAUUUGAUUUUUUUUCAUUUUAUUUUAUUAAUUUAUUUAUUUUUUUGAAAUAAAUUUUUCAAAAUGCUUUCAAUUUUCGGAGUAUCUAUUGUUUUGUAUUUUAGGUAUCCCUGAUUGGCUAAAAAUGCAUUUGCCAUACAACAUUUGUUACAUCAAUCUAUAGUCUAUACAUUUAUACAGUAUCACACUAUUAAGAUGGCUGCACUUCUAAUUGCAUUUCUGAGCUCAUAACUACAGUACAAGUGACAUUCUUUCUAUUGGUUAGUAUUUUGCCUUUUGAAUUUCUCCUUUUAUCUAAUAUAUUACAAUUAUCCUUUUUUUCUUUCUUGGGGAAAUAUUUUCUGGGAACUCCAAAAUUUUUUUCUGGGCCCUCAAAAAAUUUUGGUCCGAUGCUUUUUUCCACCCGUGGUAACGAGUAAGUCAAUUUCUGAGCGAAAUACUUUUCUUUAUUCUCAGCUGGCGUUUGCCAAGUGAAGGAAGCGCAAAUCACAAAUGGAAGCAAGGAACAUGUCUUCGUCUCGUUCUUUACAAGUCCUGAAAAUUUCUUCUGUCAGCUUGUGAAAACCACGACACAACUGGAUGAGCUGAUGGACAAACUCGAAGAAUACUACCGUCCCUUGGGUGAUGCUGAAGAGCGCAUGACCAACCCGCAAAUCGGCGACACGUGUUGUUCAAUGUUUACAGAAGAUGAUGGAUGGUACCGCGCUGUAAUCACCAAAGUUUCUGGAAAUACCGUGGAGGUGAAAUACCUGGAUUAUGGUAACACUGAAGAACUUCCUGUAUCGAGGGUGAAGCGAUUGCUACCAUGUUUUGCUGAAACGAAUGUCCAAGGCUUUCAAGCGAGUUUGGUCGGAGGUGUUUCGGAGGGUGCGGAGAAAGUAAGAGAGGCUAUCGAUGGAAAAGAGUUAAUGGUGCGAGUUUGUGACAAAAAGAGCAAUGGUGUUUAUGAUGUGGAGGCUUAUGAAAUGAAUGGUAACAGACUGUUUGGUUCUGUGCAGGAUGCUGGUAAACCACAAGCUAGUCAAACCCUAAAAGGUAGGUGUGCGUCUGAGGUAAGGCAGAGUCUAAAUCCCUCACCAGAAAGUAACCUUUCCAUCCCGGCUGUCCUCUGUAGCAAGGGUUUUUCGUAGACGUAGUCUUAAAACGUGGUUGAAAUUAAUUGUCAUAUACUGUGCUCAUAAUUCAGUGUGGUUUCAACAAAAAGUGUCGAAACGUGUAUGCAAUCAGACACAGUACUAAAAUGCGGGGCCCUACAAAUAAAACGAUAACAAGUUGUAGGAACAACUUGUAACAAACCUGUUGAGCUCAGCAACCUUGUAGCAAGUAACAAGCAGUGCGAACACAUCCUGUUGACAAAUUGUUGGAACAGCAUUGUUACAAGUCUGCUCCAGGUUUGUUACAACUUGUGCGUUCGUAGUGUACUGUGUAAUGUGAUAUGCCAAUCUGGCUGCACUAUCCAUGAAUUUCCAGUGCAAUUUGUAGAAACGUUAAUUUUCACUCGAUAUUUACAACUUUACGUUUGAUUUGCUUUGGUAACAAGUCAUUUCUUGGAAUCUGAUUAGCAAGUCUAGUCACAAAACUCCCUUACUAACGCUAACUGCUCUAUUUUCUAUUCAUCUUUUCACAGAUUUCUUAAGCGUGUACAAUAUUACGCCAGGAGCCCAGCUGGACGUGUGUGGAUCUCAUUGUGAGAAUCCUAACAUGUUCUAUCUUCAUCUGGUCAAGAAUAAAGAGGUUUUAGAGAAGAUUAUGACUGAACUCAGUGAAGUGUAUUCAGAUCUCGGAGAAAAGGACAACGCUGUUGCUAAUCCUGUUGUUGGCAUGUUCUGUGCAGCUAAAUUUCCAGGUAAACUGUCGUAA